AUGCGGGCACACAACGCAGUAUGGAUCUUCGCGCCAGUGGUGGGGAAUCGAUACGCGCGUUGGUAUGCAAGCUUUCGUCAAACUCUACCUGAAUUGGAGCGGCGGACGCGUGACACAACCUUCUUGUGUGGCCGUGGCGGUGAUAAAAUUUGGGACGCUUGGCGUGACAUUGGGGCUGAGGAACGCGCACGUCUAAUCCAAGCAGCACCGGAUUCCAGUUUCCCCAAUGCUACGUACGGCAUCAUGGACGAACACCACUACGGCCAAGAAGACUACGGCCAAGAUGGCCACCGCCAAAACGACUACGGCCAAGACGACUACGGCCAAGAAGACUGUGGUCACAACCUACAAACACGAUUCGCAGAGAUGGAGCGCGCACGUAACAACUACUACACAGUGCUGAUCAAAGAGCAGGAUCUCCGAAUCCACGCAGCUUACAAUGGCGGGAAUAUGGUCGGUAUUAUCGAAGCUGCUGUGGCCGGUGCGCAGAACGCGGUCGUCUUGACCAGAAUCAAGGACAAACAUAAGACAGUGGAGGACGCGUUUUCCGCCGUCCCACUUCGCCUGGACGAUGUACUGGCGGUUCUAAUGGGAACCGCUCAGUUCGAACCGGACCCUGAGUACGAUCAACCCGAUCCAAGGUUUGCUGCGGCGCGGAUUAGACGCGCAAAACGACGAUAUAAUGAUACCAAAAGCGCCUUGUACAAGCUUUGUGUUGAGCUUGGAGCGGAUGAACCUGGUGAGAUCGUCAUCGGGAAUCGUACGAGCCGAUUCUUUGGGAGAGUUUAA